AUGUGUCGUUUUCUGGUCUACAAAGGAAGCGACGAGAUCCUCUUGUCAAAACUGAUUCUCGAUCCAACUCACUCCAUUCUUAAACAAUCUUUUGAUUCCCGACUGCGUCUCGAUACAAGACGAGGUCAGAACAACGCAGAUGGCUUCGGCAUAGGCUUUUACACCGACCCUAAGCUUGGCGCAGCGCCUUGCCUUUUCACAUCGACUAUUCCCGCUUGGAAUUGUACCAACCUGCAACGUAUCGCCUCCAAGACCGCAUCUCGCCUUAUCUUUGGCCAUGUUCGUGCUACGACCGAAGGUUCCCUGAGCGAAGACAACUGCCACCCUUUCACACACGGCAGUUUGAUGUGGAUGCACAAUGGAGGACUCGGUGGAUGGAAAUACAUCAAGCGACGUCUCGGCGAACGUCUAGCCGACAAGUGGUACCUGGGCGUUAAGGGCGGCACCGAUAGCGAAUGGGCUUUUGCUCUCUUUCUCGAUACUCUCGAGCGACUCGGCCACGACCCAAGCGCUUGUCCCGAAACUGGUUUUGGCCCGACAAUCCUUCGAGAGGCCGUGAAGCGCACGAUUGCGCAGAUCAACGAGAUGACCGAUGCUAUUCCCGAGAGUAUCCUGCAGAACGAAGACGUUGAUACUCGAAGUUUACUCAACUUUGCCGUUACCGAUGGCCACAGCGUUAUCUGCACUCGAUAUAUCAGCAGUUCAAAGGAUGAGGCGGCCAGCUUGUACUAUUCUUCCGGAACACAAUGGACAACACGUACCCAAUCUGCGAAUGACAAGCAGUAUCAGAUGGAACGCAAGGAUCGGGGUGCUGAUAUUGUCCUUGUUGCAAGCGAACCCUUGACGUUCGAGAGAGAAAACUGGGUCAACGUACCGACAAAUUCCCUCUUGACCAUCCACAGACAGACCGUCAUGGUCCAUCCUAUCAUCGACAAGUACUACGAGCGAGAUCCUCACCAUGUCCGCUCCAGCGCUUUCGUCCAAGCAAAGGGCUUGACAUCAAAUGAAAAGAACAGAAGUGAUGCAGCCAGUCCAGCAGGACUUGACAGACAACAACAAGAGCUUGAUGGUUACCGUAAAAUGAUGACUGGAACUCUCAACUUUGGCCAAUCAAGAAGUCUCAGUCCCGAUGUCUGUCGCCAAACGAGAAAGCCAGCACCAGUAGCAGCACCAGAGCCUGUGCCUGAGUCGAUUCCUGUCCCGCAGCAACCAGUGCAGGUAACCCCGCCAGCUGAGCAAAGCAACAAACCGGCACCAGCACAGGGAAACAUCAAGGUUAAGAGAAGGUCUGUUCAGCUGCUGGAUACCAAUCAGAGCCAGGGAUCAAAUGACCUCGAUCAAAUUUCCGAUACAGAUGAGCCAGCUCGGGCAGAUGUGCGCAACCCAAAGAAGCUCUCGCAAUAUUUCCCCGAGCUCACUCUCGCCACUCAUGCCGGAUGA